GACGGUUGUAUGUUAGGGUUCUGGUGACCUUACCGCGUUUGUGUGUUUGGGUUGAUUUCUGUGAUAUUCCGUUUUAUUUGCAUUGCUAGAUGAAAGGCCAGUAAAAUGAUUGGUGAAAUAAGGGGAGUCACUGCUGACUGUAUUACCAAUAACACGUAGUUUUAUCUGUCGCUUACAGUACAGCUUCGAUUGAAGGACAGUUUAUAGCGUCUCGACAAAAAUUCCUGCAGUACUUAGCUAUGUGUACAGUAUAAGUGUUCCAACGCACUGAGCUCUUAAGUUAACCAACCUACCGCCGUUCAACACCAGCUCAAAGAAAUUUCCGAAAGUAACGACUAUGCUCUCGUGAGUUGAAAGUAAAGUAUUUUCAUGGGACGUACAAGCUCAUAAGUUAUACGAGUUUCAUGCGUGUUAUGUACGAAACGAAAUUAUGUGUGAGAUCUGAAAUAUUUGAUAAAAACAUGGGUUGAAUAUUGAAAUACAACUAAUAGAAGUUCAUUAUCUUCAUUGGGUUUUUUAUGUUACUAACAUUUUGUGUGAAAUCGGAGUAUGAUUCUGCACAUUCUCUAUGUCCGAGAAGCCAGAAGUCGUUCCGCCGUCCGUCUCGGUUAAGGAGAGGGCUCGAGAGAUAAAUGCACGGGUAGCAGCAGAGGAUGGACAAGUAAAAUGGAAGGAGAAAGUUGUCUGUGGAACUGUGAACUUCCAACAAAAGAGCAUAGAAGUGUCAGAAAAUAUAAAAAGUGAAACAACUAACCAUGGGCACAAAGAGACGACAGAGUUGGAACAUAAAAGUUACCUAACAAACGUACCACCUAGCAAGGCUGAUACUAGGAGUAAUAUAACGGGUGUUUCCAAGGUAGUUAUGUCAACAAACGAUGCUAACGCGGAGUUGUGUUUGGAACAUGACUUGGCCCAUUGCCGCGUGUGUGGGUCGAACUACCCUAAAAUAGCAGGUCACCAGAAACAACAGGAGUGUGGUUGUGUGAAUCCUUUCAGUCAGAGACGGGAAACUGUGAAAAGAGAUGCUUCAGCACAAGACGUCUUGCCUUAUUUUGUGAGCUCCUCAGAUCCACAGAGCGUAAGAUGUCCUGAAAAACAGAACUGUACUUUGUGCCCCAGUGUAGAGCUAAAGAAAGAUCUUGAAUUGAGUGAAAGUUGUGAGCAAAGUAAGCCUCAAACAUCCUCUGUGAUUAGUAGCUAUCGCAAUGAUAAUGAAUUUGUGAAAGGAAAUGAGAUUUGUAACCAGCAAGCAAUAAAUCAAAGUGUGUGGGACAAUGUAGGAGUAAUUUCCGAAGACAGCCAAACGUCGUACCGGGUAAGCUUUACUCUACAUAUUAACGAUUCUGAAGAAGUACCUAAGCAAAUUAAUGCAUGUACCAAUAAUCAACAAAGAGUAUCUGACCAUGAAAAUAAAAACGAAUCAAAUCAACUUAACCUAAAAAAUAAGAUUUGCGUUGAAGAUGGCGAAUUAAAAGUAAAAGCACUAACGCGUGAGAACAGUACUCUCGAACGUCCCUUCUCUGUAGAGGAAGUUUGUAAAAAGUUUAAGGACUCUGCUCGCGAGACUAUAUAUGUUUCUAAUUCUGAACCAAACGAGAGGUCUAGUGAAGAAGCAGGGUCUGGGAAUAGAGGAUCUAUCUUUAGACAGUCAUCUGCUCUUGAUAAAUUACCUUCUCAUUCAAGAGAAGUUAACUCGGUCUCGAGUUCUAGCGAACAGAAGUCGGUCGCUGAUGUUUCUAUUCAGGCAAAACAAUCACCUUUAGAUGAUAUACUGAGAUCUCUGGAAAAAAUCUGUAACGAAUUUGACAUCACUAGUGCUGAGAUAAGUUGUGAAAAUACCAAAGAUCAGGGGGAUUUUCAGUGCAUUGAUUUGCAUGCAAAGAAAUCUGGUGAUAUAAAACGAUCCUUUAGUGAUUCACCCUUUUCAUCAGGUACUCCAUUUCAACAGGAGACAACAAAGUCGUUUAAUUGUUCUUGUAAACAUGAUAAAGUAUGCAAGUCUUCUCUUUUCUGUAAUUCAAAUACUGAGAUCAUUUGUGAUAAUGAUUUUGACUGUAAUCUCAGUUUACCCAAAGAUUUCUCUAACGCAAACCUCAAAGGCUGUUUAAAACAUCAGACAGACCACAAUAUUACAGGUUCACAGGUGCCACAUGAUUUUCUUUGUGAAUGUUUGGAGUUAGGCUUAUCAUUCACACCGGAAUUUAUUAGAUCAAAAUUCGGCAACGCCACAACCGACGGGUCAGAUUACAAUAACAGAUUAAGUGACAAUGAUAAUGUUAAAAGUAAAACUGUUAUCCAGCAAGGAAAAGAUGCAUUGAUGUUUCCUCUUGAGACUAAGAUGAAUAGUAGAGCAAAAACUGGCAAGUAUCAUACCUUCAGUCGAAGCAGCAAAGUCAAGGACAAAGCAUCAAAAGUUCAUCUUGUGCCAAAUUUUUAUAUCACUACUCUUACGAAAGUCCCACCUUCUUCAACAGAACUAAACACGUCUCAGGCAUCAAGGUCUUUGCCUUCUACUCCUCUUGCUCCUAGAGCUAACUUUCAGGUAAGAUCUAAGCCUGACUUGCCUGCAUAUCUAACACUUGGUAGGAAAGGAGGUUUACGACGUGGUAGUGAGGGGAACAGGCAUGAGCUUUUGAGUAGUUUUUCACAAAAUGACAUUGACGAUGCUUAUAUUGGAACAAAAGACAUCACUCAAAUAAGAAACAUUUUAGCUGGACUAGAUUUCUCUAAAUUUAGACGUGGUAGAGGUGAAGAGGACCUUCAAACUGAACCAAAAAUAUCCUUGCUGCCUAGUGAAAGUCCGGAGAACGUUAGCAAUUAUAAGGACUCCCACCGUGAUAAUUUAUUUCUUAAUAAAUAUAAUGGAACAACUAAGAGUUUCCAUGGAAGUUUAACAGAAGUUAAACCUACAAAAGACCUUAGUAAUAUAUUUCAAAGAAGCACCUCUGUACUGGCCUCCUCCAGUAAUAAUGUUUAUAAUUCCCAACGCAGAACUCUUGAGCAAUAUAAUGCUGAUGAUCUUAAUCCAAAAUCUGAUAGUUUGAAAAGUUUGUACAAGACAUUGAAUAACACAACUCAAAUUACAGAUAAAAACGUAACUCGGAAUACCAGUGAAGAUAUUAGAAAUUUUCGUUUCAACACCUUAAAAUCACGAAGAAUUGAAAGUAGCCAACUUCAAGGGACACCGAAACUCCAACACAAUAAUCCAUCUCAUAAUCCAGUUAAUAUGAUGAGCCAUAGUGAGUCUCCUCAGUCAAUUUCAAUUUCCCAACACAAAAAUGGGAAUAUAAAAUUAAAACAGCUGACUGAGAAACUGAAACCCCAAUCUCCAUCUACUGCACCUGCGUCCCCAACUUUCAAGUUGGUUAAAGAUUCCGAGUCCAGUGGAACCUCAGGAAUAAAGUCACCUCUAGUAAACAGAAGUUCAUCUUUUUCACACGUGGAUGUAACUCCAGAAGGUAGUUAUAAGUUGACUAAUGAGUCUUCGAACAAAGAUUCAACUCAAGGUUUCAGUUCUCUCUUUAGAGGAUCAGCAACACUGCCACGAAAAAGAAUUACACAGUUUUCCAGCCUAUCAGACAAAAAUCCUACUACUAAAAGUAAAUCUGUACAAGACAAUAUCCUUAUACCACCAAGUUUGGAAUUAAGUAAAUCUGAUUUGUCAGUGGAUUCUGUUGUAGACUCGGCAGUAGACGAAGGCCUAGUCCCUGAUUCUGAUUGCCCAUCCUAUUCUCAUGAGUACAGUUCCGUUACUACAAGUAACCCCAAAUCUCGUGAUCCCAAAUCAUCUGUAUCAUGCAUUCGUGAUGGACCCAAUACGUACGUUGGUGUUGGGCUUGGAACCCAUUCUUUGCCUAGUGAAGCUAGAAAACGAAGAAAGGGUUUCAGAGGUCAUACAGUUGGGUUUAAAUUAGGUCUUCAUGAAACCAAAUCGAGUAAUGGGAGGCUUUUGACAUAUCCGCCUCAGCGACGAAGUUCCGUGUCAGAAGACGAACUGGAAUAUACUUCUGUUGACAGCAAUGGCUUAAAAUCUUUAAAGAUGUCCCAAGGUCUGAGUUCGCCAAUAAAUGAAGAUGCUCUGCGACAAACUAGUGACCUGUCUCUGGCAGACAGUCAUUUUAGCCACGGCGAAAAUGUUCGGGACGAAACGUAUCGAGACAUUUUGGAAAGAGUUACAGGAGAAUCAAACCGAUUAACUGUAGAAGAUAGAAAUGUAAAAGCUUUAAAGAAAAAGUAUCACAGUGAUCCUAGUAGAGAAAAUACUGGCAUGAAUGUUGAUUUACCUGAAAUAAUUACCACGUGUAACAGUGAACCCAAACUAUAUGAUUUUGACAAUUCUGAAGAACCACAACAACGUGGAUUAAGGUUAGAGAUAAAAGAAUCAGUUAAUGAUGGUUCAAACACUGCACUUUCAAAUAUCAUGCACAAUCAAUCCAAUCAAGGCCCUGGAUUUUUUGCCCAAUGUCCUUCUCCCCAACCAAGUUUAUCAGGACUAGACUUCGAACUAGACAAAGAAAGACUCAUGACUAAGAGCCCUCAGCAACAAAGACGAUAUUCUAAGAAACGUCUUAGAGGACCAUAUGGUGAGAUGUUAGAAGAAGAAAUGAGAAAAUCGGGAGAGAAACAAAAACCAAACUUUUCCGAAGAUCUUAGUUUCUUGCAAGAAAUAAGUGAAGAAAAAAAUAAUGAUGACUUUCGGUCUCUUUCUGAGAUUCGUUCUCGACCUAACAGCUUCCCUAUUAGCCAGUCCCUGGAUGAUGCGGAUCUUAAAAGAUCGACGCCUCCUGAAGUCAAUGUCCCAAGGCGAAAAAUCAGUGCUAACAUCCCUUUUGUGCAAAGUGACAGUGAAGUUUCUCAUUUAUUAUCUCCACCUCCAGUUACUACAUCUUCUUCAGACCCCAACUUGUCACAGAGCAUUUCCGAUUUGCAAAUAUCCGAAGACAAUUGUACUUUGUGGAAUCAGCAAGAAGAUGUUUUGGUGUACGAGCUUACGAAGCAGUCUGAGUUGGCGAGAUCAAGAUCUUUAAAAAGACACCAAGAUACUCGCACUCACGUGGUAGGAGAGCUGUAUGAUACAGAGAAAUCCUAUGUGGAAUCCCUCCAGAUUCUGGUGAACAAAUAUAUGAAACCCCUGAAGAGUCCAGACAACGCAGGUAUCGUUGAACCAAGCCUUGUUGAUGAAAUAUUCCACCAGAUACCGGAGAUUCUCGUUCAUCACGAGGGAUUUCUGGAAAUGCUUCGGCAACGUCUAACUAAUUGGGAUACCAAACAGAAAGUGGGAGACGUUUUUGUUGAAGCGUUUACUAAGCAGCAUGUCAUCGACACGUAUACAGCGUUCAUCAAUAACUGGAAGACUGCCAAGGACGCUAUCAAACUGACCACCCAAGCGAAACCUGCUUUUCACAAGUUUCUAGAGCAUAUGGCUCGUGAACACAAAGGAAAACUCACUCUAGACGCCUUGCUGAUUAUGCCCGUUCAACGGAUUCCUCGAUACGAGCUUUUAAUUAAGGAGUUGUUGAAACACACCCCUGUAGACCAUCCCGACCAUCAAUCAUUGGUUUUGGCCCAAAAAGAGAUCCACGAGUUAGCGGUCAAAAUUAACAGGAUGGAGCGCGAAGCUUUCCAACAUGACCAAAUGCAGCAAAGAAUCAGAGAAGUCGAAAAUCUAAUAGAGGGCGCUAUUGAUUUAGUUCAACCAGAUCGGACUUUCAUAAGAUACGACCUUGUUACAAUUUCGGGUGGACUCGGUAUGAAGAAAGAACGAUCUCUCUUUUUGUUUUCUGACCUUCUGAUAAUCACAAGCAUUAAAAGGAAGAGCGGAACAAUACGGAAAACCUCGUUAGCUUCGACAACACCCUCAACAUUCGGUACUCUGGAGAUGAACAAGUACAAAAUGUUAAUGAGAUUUUCCUUAGACAACCUGGACAUAGUAAAAAGCGCCGACGUAAGUCUGAAACGAGCCUUAAAGGAAGUGGAGCACUUAGAAGAAGAUUUAUCGGUGUUGGGACAAAUUAAUGAUUUAGCAUCAGCGUUAAGCUGUCAACACCAGGUACUGGAUGAAGCUGUGCAGGAUCUGUUGAAUAUCGUUAACAAACAAUUGGUUGAAAAGCAGAGUGGAGACUCGCAGUUAGUGAGCACUGAACUGGCUAUUACAACACAGGAAGGAGUGGACACGAUAUGUAUUGUAUUUCCAAAUCCAGAGAAGAAAUCAUCUUGGGAGACGGCUUUUAACGAAGCCAAGCAAAAACUAGCAUUGUCUACAGAUAGAAGACCACCCCCAGAGUUUCUUUAUCCUUUGCCAAUCCGCAAAACUAGGGCAGGACUACAGUUCACUUGUUCAGCAGCAACAUUAGGCCUAAACCAGUUUGGGUUAAAGGAUGUUUGGGUAUGUAACAGUGACGGCUACGUUGGACAGGUGUGCAUACUUAGUCUCCAACCAGAGCCUACAGUGACGUCGUGUAAUGGUGUGUGUAAUGCCAGAAUAUUGUGUAUAGCCUCAAUACCAGCAGCCAACUCUGUGUAUAACACAAACAGACGGAAAUCCGUCUUCACGGAGAAUAAUACAGUCGUUAAUUUUGACACCGAAGAAGUCGACAAGGAAAACGAACAGCGAGCUAAUAAUGGAAACUUCCAACUUGACAGUGAUUCCAGUGAUGAAGAGGAAGAGAUUGGAGAACCUCAAGAUGAAGAUUCGGUCAUAAAACAUAAUUCCUCUACAGGGAACUCAUUUGGGAAAGAAGAAAUUAAAGAAGAAACAGACCAUCAGCAACCAACCAUGUGGUUAGGGACAGAAGAUGGCUGUAUCCAUAUCUACAACUGCAAUGACAACAUUCGUAUUAAGAAGAACAAGAUCAAAAUCCAGCAUUCUGCAGCUAUCCAGUGUAUCAUAUACUUCGACAACAGAGUGUUUUUGUCUUUGGCAAGUGGUGAAUUAUGUGUCUAUAGACGGAGUACAAAGGGAGGUUGGAACACCGCGGAGCCACAGCGAGUCCAAGUCGGAAGUGUUUCUGCUCCUGUAUCCCGGAUGUUGGCAAUAGCUGGGAAGCUAUGGUGUGGCUGUCAGAAUUGUGUCAAAAUCCUCAAUACCAAUACACUGGAAGAAGAGCAUUGCUUUCAAGUAAGUAGUGACACUUCUCGAGCAGUGCUUUGUCUGGUGACAUCAGGACUAGGUGUAUGGGUUGCCAUCCAGCACAGUGCAGUCCUUCGACUCUUCCACGCUACAAGCUACGAGAAUCUCCUGGACGUCAACGUGGCUCCAGCUGUGACAAAGAUGCUUGCUGGUUGUGACGACAUCAUACGUCAGCACAAGGCAGCUUGUCUUCGAGUGACAGCAUUGUUAGCUUGCAAAGACCUCCUGUGGGUGGGGACGAGUGCAGGAGUUAUUCUGUCUCUACCUCUUCCACAUCUUACUUCAUCUACCUCACGGCUAGAUAACGUUCCAAACGUUUCUGGGGUUCCCCACGGGCACACUGGCCACGUGCGUUUCUUGACUUGCGUCGAGAUGACGCCAGGUGCUACAAUGGAUGCCUCGGGAUGUGCCAAAUACACGCACCGCUCAAUUCGCGGCAAGGAGGGUGCAGCUGCUCGUCGAAUGUCUUCCACCACUUCCACAGGGUGUCGCCUACUUGUGAUCAGUGGGGGUGAUGGCUACGAAGACUUCUGUCACUCAGGGCUUAGCGAAACGGCGGGACGUGACGACAGCACCAAUCACUUACUGUUGUGGCAGGUAUAGACUGUAACCACAGGGAAGUUGUGCCUUGGUUGUAUUUGUGCCAAGUACUCUUCAUUGAAUGAUUCGUUUCUAGCGCUCUGCUCUAUCUAUGAUAGAAGCAGUAGGUAGUAAAAACUAAAAUUCACCCAAGAUUUUCAUGAAUGAGUGAUGACAAUUUCAGAUUUCGUAAAGUUUUCUGUAGAGUCAGUGAAAGGUCAGUUAUUUUUGAGGACGAAAAAAAAAACUGAAAACAACAACUCUGUAAUCCUCGUGCUGUAGUUCGUGAGAGAGAAAAAAGAAAAGAUUUCAGUGCACGUGACACUGUUGAAAGUAAAAACAUUUUCAGCCGAUACUUCUAAACUAACAUUUUUUUUAAUAACAGUAGCUCUAUGCUACCUUAAGAACCAGUAUUGUAUGUCUAAUUUGUGAACUGUUAUCCUGGUUGUGUUUCUACCAUAUCAUAAAAAUAUCGCCCCAGAACGUAUAAUGUGUUUUAUCCCUCAUUUUACAAUUUUUGUUUUGGUAAGGACAAGAAAUAAGUCGCAACUGUUAUACUGGUUGUGUUACUACCAUAUCAUAAAAAUAUCGCCCCAAAACGUAUAAUGUGUUUUAUUACUCUCUUUUUUUUGGGGGGGGAGGGGGGCAAGGACAAGAAAUAAGUCGCAACUAUUAUUAUAAACUUUUGUCAAGUCGUUAUUUUUUUGGAGUAUCGAGGGUUGUUAAGAUAUUUAGAAAUUACUCUAGGAUACAUUGUGAAUAAAAUGUAUCUGAAAUCAGUCCUGACGUUAAGGAUAGGCAGCCUAGGGCGCCAAAUACUCGGGGUUUCGGUGUGAGUAGGGGCUAAAACUUAUUUUUUGCCUAAGACGUCAGCUAUCGCCGGCCCAGCUGGAAAGUUUUAAGUUCAGAAACUAGUUUCGUAUUUUAGAUGAAAUACUGAAAACAUUGAAGAAAAUCAACAUUUAUAAUAGUAAUGAAAAAAAGACAACAAGUUGGAUUUUUAAAGCACAGGUCUCACAUUAGGACUGAUGCGGCAGUUUCAUUGACAUUAUUUUUUUUUCCCCUCACUUAAGUUUUCAUCUGCCUACGCUAGUCACGGAUCUCCUGAAGAUUAAAAAAAGAAACUUAUUUGAGUAAAGCGUUAAAAAAGAAAAGAUGAAUUCGAAGAAGUUUAUACUCACGAGAAAUAUAUAUAUUUGGUCACCGUAAACUUGAUUAUUUUAAGUUGAUGUGCAUAAAUUGUAUCUUACUGAUACUCUGUAAAAGUAGUUGAUUAUCUUAUGAUGGAAAUAACUAUAUGCAUUCUAAAAAUAUAUGCUCUAAGAUUUAUGAGAUGGUCCGUUUUAGAAGACAUUAUGAGUUUUUAUGUAAGCAGCGUCAUCUCCCCUUAUCCUUUAAUAGCUUUCUCAUUAAAAAUAAAACACUAAAUUUUCUAGUCGUAUAAAAAAGACGGUCAUUAUAUUAAAACUUACAGGAAUAAGCUGUAAUAAAUCAAACUAGUAUUGCAUAUACUCUCAUCCUCAAGCCUGCCGGUCAUUAAUUAACAAGUACAGUUAGUUACAGGUUAAGUAGAUAUGCCAACAUAUGCACAUUCAGGCCGUAGAAUUGUUUUUGACAAGAAACUCAGUUUUUUUAUUAUUCAUAAAUAACGUGUGUUUGAUUUUCUACUCUAAACUCCAUUAGUUAAGGAUAUAUUAUUAGAAUUGCGAACCCCUCGUCUUAUUUUCCCAGUUAAAAGAUUGUAAAAAAACAUUCUAAAGUAAAGAAAUAAAAUAAAAGAGGCAUUUUUUUUUAAAGACAGUGCCAUCUAUUGGUAUGGCACUGUAACCAUGGUUAAGAGGUUCUUAUGUUGAAGAAGAGUUUUAACAGAUUAUUAUAUUUUUAUUCUUCAUGGACUGAGAGUUCCAGGAACUUGUUGAAGUAAAUUAUUCAGUAACUGUAUUCAUGAUGUUUACAUUACAAUCAAUAAUAAUUAUUUUUCGGACUUUGGGGAGGACCCAAGUAACAAUAUAUUUACAUUAUCCUUAAUAAGUUUUUAUAUGAAGAUGAAUCAUAAUGACGAUUACUUUGCCAAAACACGGUUUACUUUUUUUAAGCAUUUUAAACGGUUGUAUGCUUUAAGAUUUUAACUGCAUUGUCGUUACAUUUGUUUGUUAAUCUCAUAAGAUAAAAGUCAAAUGGAUAAUACUGAACAAACAUAUAUUUUUAAUACAAAAAGAAUAAACUUUCUGAAGUCGUAACAUGCGUAUAUAGUUAAAUAAUUAUUAUAGUUUUAAAAUUUAAAUUCCUACAAACUUAUCCUACUUAAUUUCACAAAAAAAAAUCGCCAUAGAAACAGUCACGUGACUCACUGUGUGAAUGUGAUGAAGGCAUAAUAAAUUCAAGAAUCUGUUUCGAUAAUUUGUGCUCCAUGUAUAUGUGCAAUAGAAUUAAUGUUCCAUAUUCUUUUCUGAUAGUUUUCUUUUGUCUCGCGUGUUAUUUUUGUGAUUAAAUGCAAACAGUUCAAUUAAAAAUAUAUCUUAGAGAGAAAACAAAUGGGACGAUUAAAUUUACUACAACCAAGGUAUUUUCCCAGUAAUGCUGUUCGUGUGUAUGUCGAUAUAAGUAGAACCAAUCAUACAAAGUGGUAAGAGAAGCUGGCUGUGGUUUCUUUCUUUCUUCAAUAUUCAUAAUAUUUUCAUAAAUUAAACGUUACUGUCCAAUAGCAAUAUUGUUUUCAUUUGUGCUUUGGUUACAACACGUAGAGUUACUAUACAGCUACAUUUACACAAUUAACUAACCUCAUUUAAUCUUAUCAAAAAGUUACUUCGAUAUUUCUUUUUAUACCGCAGUGAUUGGUUUACAGAAAUUUUAAAAUGGCGCACCAUUCCCAUGGUAUAUAAUAAUACAGAGAACCUGGCGUUAAAACGCAUAAAUUCAGUUCUUAUCGAGUAUAAAUGCUCAUAAAAAAUUUUUUUCGCAAUUUAAUAUUUGUUUCUUAAAAAUUACGAUGUUAUUGAAUACAAUUUAAAAAAAAUGAUUCUUUCAUCGAGUUGUUUAAGAAGCAUUAUUUCCACAGCAUAUAAGUGUUUAUAUGUUUAUGUAAAAUCUCAGUAUAAAGGAUUUUCAUAUUAAUUUCAUACAUUUACAGGCUAUCAUAAUACAAAUAAUUCAUACGAAGGAUAGUUGAAUAUUUUGAGCAACGAUUUUAAACAACGUUAUUAUCCUUAAAUUUGCAGAUUGAUAGGUAAUAGUAAGAUGUAUCUUUGAAGAAAUGACCAAAAUUCAUCCAAACUCUGCCUGGAAACCUCUUGAAAUUAGUUCACACGUUAGGGAGUAGGUUUUAGAAAUUUUAAGUCAAGAAGCUUUUGGAUUUAUCAGAAUCUUGGCGUACAACUCUGAUCAGUUUUCCAGAAUAACACCAUCUUAUUGUAAUCUCUAAAUUAUGUAAUAAACUCACAAAAUGAAACAUAUUUUAUUAGAGAAACACAUUGUUUGAAACUUUCAAGAUACCCACAUAUUACACUACCUUUCUCCGGUUGGAGUGGGAUCUUGCCAGGAUUUAUCCUUUUAGGGCAAAAACAAAUCGAAACAUUUAUAUUGGUGAUACUUUUAUCUAGUGGUUUUUGUCAGUCUUAAUCUAUAUGCCUGGGAUUGGCGAUAUUGUAAUAUUUCAGCGGCCUACAUAAUACGAUCAUUCAAUUUGGAAAUAUUAAAUACACUUGUACAGCCUAUCAGUCGUUUGAAAAAAGAGAUAUUGUAUCACGGUAAUAUGACAUUUAAAGCUUAGGGACCUUUCGCAAAUUAAAUACGAAUUUUAGAAUUUGUAAGCGUCACAAAAUUGCACACGCCAUAUUUUGACCUGUGUCUCACAAAUAAUUAACUUAUGCCACUCUCGAAGCAACACAUAAUCUAUGAAAUUCAUUAUAUUAUUAUUUCUUAAAGCAAAACAAUGCUGAAAUACGUGUGGAAAUAGUAAUAAUAAUUCAGUGUAAUUCUGCAACAAAACAUUUUGUUUCAAUAGUACCUGUACUAGGUAAAUUUAAUCAUCUGAUUUAGACCCCCCCCCCUAUCGAGUAAUUCUGGAUACUGGUUUGUAUCACUGUUUCACAAGAAUGCUUUUUUCAUCUUAUUUUUAACAUAUUUUCGUUAUUAAACUUUAAGAAAAUUUAACUGUCACGUGCAACCGAAACGUUUCAGAAACUUUUAUCGUUAUUAUGUAAUUCAUAUUUAUAUAAGUGAACAAAUAAAUCAUAGUAAAGACUAAUUCAGAACUUAGUUUGGGAAAAGUCAGCUUUAAGUAUAUGUUUGACCCUCUGAUCGUGAAUAAGGUUCAACAGCAUAAUGGAACUCGUGUCUGCUGGUAUGACGAGGAGAGGAUCGCCUCUUGAGUUGUGGGAAAUGUCAUUGUUUUUAGUAUAACUGACGCCAGAAUCAAUUUGUAAAUCUGUAUAAUCCAGCCC